UACAUGGCCAUCUGUAAGCCCUUGUUGUAUACACUCAUUAUGUCCCAAAAGGUCUGUGUGCAGCUGGUGGUAGGGCCUUAUGCCAUGGGUCUUUUGAGCACCAUGACCCAUACGACUUUCACCUUUCAUCUGCCUUACUGUGGUCCAAAUACCAUCAAUCACUUCUUCUGUGACCUUCUCCCUGUCCUCUCUCUGGCAUGUGCAGACACCCAAGUCAAUCAGUUUUUACUUUUCAUCUUGGCUGGAGCUCUGGGAGUGCUCAGCGGUGUGAUCAUCCUGGUUUCCUACAUUUACAUUGUUGUUGCUAUCCUGAGGAUCCGCUCUGCUGAGGGGAGGCGCAAAGCCUUCUCCACCUGCUCUUCACACCUGACUGCUGUCUCCAUCCUGUAUGGGACCCUCUUCUUUAUCUAUGUACGCCCCAGUUCUAGUUUCUCCCUGGACAUCAAUAAAGUGGUUUCCGUGUUCUACACAGCCGUGAUCCCCAUGUUGAACCCCCUUAUCUACAGCCUGAGAAACAAAGAGGUCAAG